UUUUAAGUGCCUGCAACCGGCCAGGCGUCUGUCCGAGUCUGCGAUCCCACAAAGCCCGCGCUCAUUCUCGCCGUUUUUGAUUUUCUUCUCUUCUUCUCCUCCUCCUCCUCCUCCCUCCGCCUCAGACCGAGGCCUCCUUGUCGACGCCAGUCGGCCCGGCCGACUGCGCUACUCCAGCCCCGUCGGCCCUCCCACCGACCGGUCCGGCCUGCGUCGUCCCAACGCCCGUUUCCCCGACUACACCGUCGUCCCGGCCGCCUGCGCCCCCGUCGGCCCAGCUCACACGCGACACUCGAGCGGCGGUGCCGCCGGACUCGGCGUCGCCGCAGCUCGAGGCCGCCGCGCCAGCCUCGACCUCACCGAACCCCGCCAGCCCCACACUCAGCCGGUUCCACACCACCACCCCCACCACCAAUACCCGCCCCCACCACACCCAACACACCCAACACACCCAGCACACUCGACACACGCGCAACACACGUUCUACUCGCAACAGAGGCCUCGAACCGGCGCCACAGCCACCUCCGGUUUCCAGCACCAACACCAACACCAACAUCAACAUCAGCAUCAGCACCAGCAUCAAUACCAGCAACAUCCUUCAGACUGUUCGACGCUGCAGCCGACAGCGCCGUGCGCCGGCUCGAGUCGCGCCACCAGUUCGAGACCGGCCCUG